GGGUCAUCCAGGCGCAGGCGCAGUGCGGUGUUUGUCUGCCGGACUGACGGGCGGUCCGGCGGUGCGCGGCGGCAGCGGCGGCGGGGAAGAUGGCGGCGUCUUCCCUGGAGCAAAAGCUGUCCCGCCUGGAAGCAAAGCUGAAGCAGGAGAACCGGGAGGCCCGGCGGAGGAUCGACCUCAACCUGGAUAUCAGCCCUCAGCGGCCCAGGCCCAUUAUUGUGAUCACUCUAAGCCCUGCUCCUGCCCCGUCCCAGCGAGCAGCCCUGCAGCUCCCACUGGCCAAUGAUGGAGGCAGCCGCUCACCAUCCUCAGAGAGCUCCCCGCAGCACCCCACGCCCCCCGCCCGACCGCGCCACAUGCUUGGGCUCCCAUCUACCCUGUUCACACCCCGAAGCAUAGAGAGCAUCGAGAUUGACCAGAAGCUGCAGGAGAUCAUGAAGCAGACAGGCUACCUGACCAUCGGGGGCCAGCGCUACCAGGCAGAGAUCAACGACCUCGAGAACCUGGGAGAGAUGGGCAGUGGCACCUGCGGCCAGGUGUGGCGGAUGCGCUUCCGAAAGACGGGCCACGUCAUCGCUGUUAAGCAAAUGCGGCGCUCGGGGAACAAGGAGGAGAACAAGCGCAUCCUCAUGGACUUGGAUGUGGUGCUCAAGAGCCACGACUGUCCCUAUAUCGUGCAGUGCUUUGGCACCUUUAUCACCAACACGGACGUCUUCAUUGCCAUGGAGCUCAUGGGCACGUGCGCCGAGAAGCUAAAGAAGCGCAUGCAGGGCCCCAUCCCUGAACGCAUCCUGGGGAAGAUGACCGUGGCGAUCGUGAAGGCGCUCUACUACCUGAAGGAAAAGCAUGGGGUCAUCCACCGAGAUGUCAAGCCCUCCAACAUCCUGCUGGACGAGCGGGGCCAGAUCAAGCUCUGUGACUUUGGCAUCAGUGGCCGCCUGGUGGACUCCAAGGCAAAGACUCGGAGCGCCGGCUGUGCAGCCUAUAUGGCACCAGAGCGCAUUGAUCCCCCAGACCCCACCAAGCCGGACUACGACAUCCGGGCUGACGUGUGGAGCCUGGGCAUCUCGCUGGUGGAGCUGGCCACAGGACAGUUUCCCUACAAGAACUGCAAGACGGACUUCGAGGUCCUCACCAAAGUCCUCCAGGAAGAGCCCCCACUCCUGCCUGGUCACAUGGGCUUCUCAGGGGACUUCCAGUCCUUUGUCAAAGACUGCCUUACUAAAGAUCACAGGAAGAGACCAAAGUACAAUAAGCUACUUCCCCUCGGCCCGCAGGAGCACAGCUUCAUCAGGCGCUAUGAGACGCUGGAGGUGGAUGUGGCGUCCUGGUUCAAGGACGUCAUGGCGAAGACCGAGUCCCCGAGGACUAGCGGCGCGCUCAGCCAGCCCCAUCCGCCCUUCUUCAGGUAGCCGUGUGCCUCGGCCAGCACCGCCGGGUCAGGGGCUCAGCCACGGGCCCCCAUUCCCAACCCGGCUGCCCACUGGGACCUGCACAGCGCUGAGGGCCAAGGAUGGCAGUCAGGGGGCGCCCACCGCCCCCGGCACUCUGCCCACUAACUGUGGACACGCGGCCCCUCCUGCCGGGCGUGUUGGACACUGUGAACACAGGCUGCGGCCGCCAGCAGACUCGAUAUUUAUUCAGUCGUGACCUUGGGGCUGGGGCGGCCAUCCAGGAGAGAGCCUGCAUCCGUACCAAGCCCUGCGCUUGCUGGCCCCCCUCUGCCUCCCUCCUUCAAUGGCUCCCCGUUCUAUCCUGGCCUGGCCCACAUGGACAUGGGCUUGGCUGCCCCAACCCCUUGUGGGAGCCCAGGGGCUGCUCCAGUCUCCCACAGUCCUUGCCAGGAUGAGGGGGGUCUCUGGACUGCAGCUGCACAGGGCCUGGGUUCUCCCUCUCUCUUUUUGAUCUCAGGGGGUCUUUUUUGGAAUUUAUUAUAGCAUUGUUCUUGGCGGGGUGCUAGAGGAGAGGAGAGCUUGUCCUCGUGGGGUGUGUCAGUACCUUCGGAAACUUUUACCAAAGUCAUGUUUAGCUGCUUUUGGUGGGGCUCCCACCAGCUGCCCUCGGGCACUAGGGGACAGGGGCUGGGGCUGGGCUGCUGCUUCUUGUUAGCCUGGCCUUGGGGAUUCCCCAAAACAGGCUCUGGGCACCUCCUUCCUGGGGGCUGGGGAGGCCACGGCCGGCUCAGGGGGAGCUGAAGUGCUCAGGUGGGGGAGAGCCCGAGGGGGCCUCGGGACAGGGGUGCCAGAGGGAGGGACUUGGGGACAGGAGAGGGGCCAGGGGUCCGAGGGAGUUGGGAUGGGCUAAGGCAGCAGCAGUUGUGGAGGUCUGAGCAUGUGUGACAGUGACAGGUCGGGGUGGGAAUGAGGCAGCUUCCCCCAUGGUGACCUAGGCACCCCUCAGCUUUCCCAGAGCCGGCCAGCCCCAGCUCAUGGGAGCCCAGGACAGGUGGGGGCUGUGUCUGCCCAGGCUCGGCGGCUAGAGGGGAAGGGGUACGUACGCUUCCUUUUUGUUGGCAAUGCAUGCGAGUCAAGUGGACAAGAAAACAAAAUGGCAAAAAAAAUUUUUUAAAAACAAAAAAUGUAAAACCACAACCAAUGCCAAAGGUGAGGAACCUGGCUGGAUGCAGCUGAAGCAGCAUAGGCUUAGAGGACGCCACGGCCUUUCCCCUGCCCGCCUCACCCCUUGUCCUGUGUUCACAGUGCUGCAUGUGUAAAACGUAACUGAGGUGUGCUUCUCUCUUCCCGGGAGGCUGCCUUGGGCCCUGCCGAGGACUUUCAAGGGUUGCUGGAGGUUACUCUGCUGGUCCCAGGGUCAGUGCUGGCCCAAGGCUGGGCUGCCUGGGCUUGUCUUUAUUUAACUUGGUUCCUGGCGAUGUAAGCCCAUGGGCCUGACCCACCCUCCAAAGCCCAGUGGGAACCUCUCCUGCCGCAGCCCCUGCAGACCUCCCAUCACCAGCCACCCCUCUGGACCAGGCAGAGGGCAGAUUGGCCGGGCAGCAGCCUGGGGUGGCCUGGCCAGCCUAUUGGCCCAUGGACCCAUCUCAGGCCGCCAGUAUUGCCCUGUCCCUUUUUAAAACAAAAUGCCCUGUUUGUAACUCCUUAGACGCUUGAGAAUAAAACCCCUCCCUUUUCUUCUGA